AUGUCAGACCAGGCUACCUCUACACCGCAGAGCUUUCCCCAAGAUUCCUCCGCUUGGCAGAAAACCUUUGUUGCACACAAACAGCCGUACCGUUACAAUAGCUACGCCCCGGACCCAACAAUGGAAUACACAUCCAGGUUCAACCGCAUCAACCCAGAACGGUUCGCGUCAAAGAUGCCUAGCCCAUCUCACCGCCAAGCAACAUAUCGUAAGACACGCUUUGAAUGUGACGAGCGAGGCAAGCGUCUGAUCAAGCUUUCUCAACUCAAUACGAAAUCCGGACGAGAUCUCGCAAGCUCAUACCAAGCUUCACACAUUGAGCCCGGCGCGCCCCCAAACUUUUCCCGUCCACGACCAAGUCUGCAUCGGAAAACUUCGUACUGUAGCGAGAAUAACCCUCCCAAGCCAUAUUACCAAGCUGACCUGGCCCCACGUGUUCGUUGCGAACCGUCACUUCUGUCAAUUACUACGGAUAGCACUGGAAGACAUCAAAUUGCGGUCAACCCUCGUCCGCGCCCUGCUGUGUCGCUGAAGCGGACACAGGCCGUUCGUCGGCCCAGCACCGUGCGUGUCUCCCGUAAGCCUGUAGCACUGCGUGCGUGA